AUGUAAAAAUAUUUUAAUAAAAAAUCCAAAAGUCCUUUUUUAAAUGAUAAAUCACCUAAAGUUGGGAAUUCUAGUAAAGAUUAAUCUAUCAAUAAUGAAAAUAUUACCAGAGAAUAAACGAUUGAAAAAUUAAUAUUAUAAUUAGAUUUAAUCAGAAGAAAACAUGAAUAAGAAAAAAGAGAAAUGAUAGAGGCAUUUAAUCUUUAAAUUUAAACUAAAAUUAAGCAACAUCAAUUAUUAGAGAAUGAGUAUUAACAAAAAAAUCAACUAUUAGAACAAUUAUUGUUUUAGGAAUAAUCAAAAACAAUUCAUUUAACAAGAAUCUUUUAAGAUAAAUAAAAAAGUAUUACAACAAAUGAUAAAGAUUCAUAGAGAAACAAAUUCUAAUAAUCUGAAACAUAAUAAGAUUCCCAACGUUAUAAUACUAAAGUACAAACUAAGUAGACACCAAAAGAUAAUUCAGUUAAAAUGUUGCUUGAAAUAAUUAACAACAUUUAAGCAAAUAUAGUUCGACAUUCAAAGAUAAAAAGACUUAAUAUCAGUUGGAUAGAUUAUGAAAUACUUGAAACAGAUUUGUAAAAAUAAAAGGAUUUAUCUAAGUCUUUAGCUAAAAUUAAUUAAAUCUUUGAUAAAUUCUUUAGUAUUAUUAAUGAUAAUUCUGCUCCAUCACUUUCACCUUACAGAGUUACUAAUACUCCUACUUAAUUCUAUAAUAUUGAUAAGUAAGUUUCAACAAAUAAAGAAUAAGUAAAAACUAAAUUAUGUAAUAUUUAAACAUAAACAACAGAAAUUAUAACUAAAACUCAUAAAAUUGUAUAAACAGAUCUAAGUAAUAAAUUAUCAAAGAUAAUAUAAACAGAUUCAAUUGAAUAAAACUAAAAUAAAGAAGUGUAAUAAUUAGAUAAAUUUAUAAAUUAAAAAGAAAUUACAUAAACAAACUCAUCUUCUUCAACUACAUAAUUGAUUAUAUCUUAAAAUUAAACCCAAUAAACAGAAAAUUUAAAAGGCUAAUUUGAAAUUUGUAAAACCUUAUAGAUUAGUUUAAAUAAUAAAAUUAAUCAAGUUAAAAUAAAACAGAUAUCAACAGAAGUUUAAACAGAUCAUAUAGACAGAGAAUCUCUUAUAAAAUAACUAAAACAUAAUUCAAAAAUUACUGAGAAGGAUGAAGAAGAUGAAGAAGAAUAAAAUAUUGAAACGAAAAAAUAGAAUUUAUAAUUUGAUAAAGAUAUAGAAAAUGAUAGUGAAUCAAUAUUUGAUUGCAAUAAACCAGACUAUGAUUCUGUAAUAGAACAUCAUGAAGAAUUGGUUGAUUUGAAAAGAGAAUGUGAGGAAAAAAAUGAUAAGAUUAUAAAUUUAGAAAUCACUAUACAACAACUUCUUAAAGAGUAAGGUUUAUUCCAAUUUGACAAUGUAAUAACAAGUGAAUAACACAAUUUGUAAGAAUUAUUAUCUAACAAAUGGUUAAUAAAAUUGAAGGAUCAUGAAGCAUAAUAAAAAUAGACCAUUGGAAUAUUAGGAUAAGAUUUAAAUUUUAUAAAAAAUACUAUAAAAGCCAUUUUCAAUUAAGAAUAAUAGAUAAAUCUUUCAUUAAAUUAAUUUGCAGUUCAAUAUUAUGAUAAUGAAUUUUUGGAAAAUUAUAAGUUAGAUAUUAUGAUAAAAUAGAUUUAAUUUCCUGAAAAGAUUAUUGUGAAUUCAAGACUUAAUUAUGAACAUUAAUAAUUUUAAAAAUUUUGGAUUGAUUUUAUGAUUAAUUAUUGCAGUGUAUUUAUUUAUCUGUGUAAUAAUUGUAAUGAGGAUGAUCUAAGAAUGAUUGAAUAUCUAAAAGAAAAUAAUAAAAAAUUAAUAAUAAUAACAUUUAAUGAUUUACAAAUAGAGAAUUUUUACAAUUAUAAUAACUAUAAAUAAAAUAUUGAUUAUUAAAUAUUGAAGAUUUAAGAAAAUAAGAAUAUUUUAUCAUCAGUUUGUAAAGAAAUACUUUAAAGUGAUUGGGAUUGGGUAGAGGUUGAUGAUUCAUUAUUAGUAUAAUUGUAAUCUCAUAUUUAAAAUAUUAUUGGAAAUUAAGAUUGUAUUUAAUUGUAAAUAAAAGAAGAUGGAAUAUUUGAAAUAUCAGUGAUAAAUGAUGAAUUAAAUUAUGAUUCUUUAUUAACUUUCCCUUACAUUAAAAGUAAGGAACAACAAGAUGAUCAAAUUGAAUUAUGUCUUGAAUUAUGGGAAUUUGGUCAAAUAUAAGAUGUAAAAUGUGUUGAAACUUAAAUCUUGAUAGUAAUUGAUUCAUAUAUACUACUUGAAUAAAUGGAUAUUAAAACUUAAUUGCAUUCAAUAGAUGACAAUAAAAUACUUUUAUCUAUAAUAAAAUGA